AUUUCGCUUUAGUACGCGACCAAACUAACAUCAUUUUGUAAUCCAGUGUACACACGUGAAUAUUUCUUUUCAAGUAAUACUUGGCUAACUGAUGUCUAUUACAUUUGACUAUGCGGUGUUAAACGGUUCUGUUACGAUCCUUCGAUUUGCCCGCGACUGUACGAAUUCUCAGCCUGAAACAACUUCGAGACUUUCUUGUUACGCGACACGCUAGAGAAAAGCGUAAUUCCUUCCUACUUGAAUACAUUCCGUAAUACAUUCGGCACACAAACUAUUAACUUUAAUACGUAUAUGUCUGUCAAUUUCAUACGGCAGUAUAUUUUCUGCAAACGGUCCGUGCGUACCCGCGAGCUGAAGUGAAAUUUUUUGUGAUCAUUGAAAACUUGAAACGUAUUUGUCACAUCGAUUUAUUUCGGGUCAAUCGCGAAAACAUUGUCGUCGCAUGUGUUCGUUUCAGUCAAUGGUUGAUGUUACGAUCAUUGACAAGCGAGGAUAAGUUUAAACAUGUCAGCUACUAUUUCGAAAAUACCAACUGCCAAUGUUGGGAAUGGGACCAAUGUAAUUUGCGAUAAGAAUCGUGACGUAGAAAAAGGUGAGGUUUACUCCAACGUCGCGAACCUCUCGCCGUCGAUCUGUUCGCGGCCGGCGUCCUCGUCGCGGACGUCGACGUCGGCCGAGAGCAGGGUCGAGCUCGAGGAUAAACUAAGGAAUAGCAGCAGCAGGUCAAAUGUGUCGAGCGUCGCGGUGGAAGUGGAAAUCGGAACGAACAAUGAACCAAUAGGAGCGGGGACGGAGUCAACCACAACGACAACAACGCCAAAGACGAGGACGCGCACGGAAAGAGGAACGGAAAGAAGCGGAGCCAGCCGGUGGAAAGCAGUCGGUCGCUUGCUUCGCCGCUUGGCACUCAUCAUGUUUCUGAUAUCGAGUUUGGUCGCCUGUUUGGCUCUGCUUGCCAUAUAUACAGGCUCCAUUUUUCUCGUGCAGCUACUGGUCGUCGUUCUCGUCGCGUAUUUAGUCUCCGGUGGACGUUUCCGAUGGUUCUACGUCGCUCUGAGAACUGCGCCCAGAGACCUCGUAGCUAUAACACGCUACAUAAAAGUUCUUUGGAUCAUCCGUAGUCAUGAGAGGAAAAACAGGAGUAUUGCUGAUGUAUUUCGGCAAUAUGUCAAUCGACAUCCCAAUAAAGUUUGUUUCAUUUACGAAGAUCAAGAAUGGACAUUUCAACAGGUGGAGGAUUACAGCAAUAAAGUCGCCACGGUAUUCAAAUCGCAUGGAUAUCAUAAAGGGGAUGUCAUUGGCAUACUUUUGGAAAAUCGGGUGGAAUUUAUUGCACUUUGGCUUGGUCUAAGUAAACUGGGAAUAAUUGUACCACUUCUUAAUACCAAUCUUCGUAAAACUGCUCUUCAGCACAGCAUCAAUGUGUCCAAGUGUCAAGCGCUUAUUUAUGGAGCCGAUUUCACCGAUCCUAUAUCAGAUAUCAUAGACUUUAUGACUCCGAAAUUUCCACUGUAUAGAGUUGGUAGCUUAUCAAAUUCGAAAAUAUCAAAAUUAAAAGACAAUGACUUAGAUGUUCUUAUGGCUAAUGUUUCUCCGGCACCACCAGUUUCUGAAGAAAAAAGUGCUUAUCACGAUCAGUUAGUAUAUAUCUUUACCAGUGGCACAACUGGUCUUCCAAAAGCAGCAGUUAUAACAAAUUCUAGGUUUAUGUUUAUGGCAACUGGUAUAUUUAUGUUGGCAAAAUUCAAAAGCUCAGAUAUAAUUUAUACGCCCUUACCAUUAUAUCACACUGCUGGUGGUGUAAUGGCUGUUGGGGCAGCUUUGCUUCAUGGCGCAACAGUUGUAAUUAGAAAAAAAUUUUCAGCAAGUGCUUAUUUCACUGAAUGCGUCAAAUAUAACUGUACAAUUGCUCAGUAUAUUGGAGAAAUGUGUAGAUAUAUUUUAGCUGUACCUCCGAAACCAGAAGACAAGCAACACAAAAUUAGAGUGAUGUUUGGAAAUGGUUUGAGACCACAAAUAUGGCGCGAAUUCGUAGAACGUUUUAACAUUCCACAAAUUGCUGAAUUCUAUGGAGCAACAGAAGGCAAUGCUAAUAUAGUAAACAUCAACAAUACCGUUGGGGCUAUUGGUUUUGUGUCCCGAAUUGUUCCAUCAGUGUAUCCUAUUUCUAUUAUAAAAGUUGAUGCUGAUGGAGAACCUCUAAGGGAUGAAAAAGGUUUAUGUCAAUUGUGUAAACCAAAUGAACCAGGUGUUUUUAUUGGAAAGAUUAUACCUAACAAUCCAUUUAGAGCAUAUUUAGGAUAUGUAGAUCAGAAAGCGUCCGAAAAAAAGAUAGUUCGUGAUGUAUUUACCAAAGGCGAUUCAGCAUUUAUAUCUGGUGAUAUUUUAAUAGCAGAUGAAUUUGGUAAUUUGUAUUUUAAAGAUAGAACAGGCGAUACUUUUAGGUGGAAAGGAGAAAAUGUGUCCACAUCCGAAAUCGAAGCUAUUAUUAGUAAUGUUAUUAAUUAUAGAGAUUGCAUUGUAUAUGGAGUGGAGAUUCCAGGUCUUGAAGGUAAAGCUGGAAUGGCAGCAAUAUAUGAUGAAAAAGCUACCUUAGAUAUUGAUCGAUUAUCAGUUGAUCUAAAGGAGCAUUUAGCAACUUACGCAAUACCUAGAUUUAUUAGAAUUUUAUCGAGAAUUGAUCUCACAGGCACAUUCAAAUUGAAAAAGAAAGAUCUUAUGGAUGAAGGAUACAAUCCAAAUAGGAUAGGAGACAAAUUAUACUAUUUAAAUGAAAAGUCUGGAUACCAGUUGUUAACUACUGAAAUUUAUGAGCAGAUUCAACAAGGAAAAGUUCGUUUUUAAAUUCUGUCCUAAAAUAAAAAGAAAUCUCGUGGGAACAAUUCUUGCAACUCUUUACAUGUGAAGUGAAGAGACUCCGUUUUUCCCUCUCUUCAUUCUGCUGAAUCAAAAAUUUAUUUUGUACUGGGAUAUUAUAGUAAUAAUUAAAUUAUAUAAUUUAAAACUAUUAUUUUUUAAGAUAUAAAUUUAUAUUUUGUAGAAUUCUUAGUAUGAUUAAUACUUACAUAUAAAAUAAGUUGCAUUAAAGUUAGAAUGAAAUGUUUUUUACUUAAAAAUGAAAUGAAUAUUAUUUAUUUUUUUGAAUUAUGUUAAUUAUGCUUAUUUUAUACAUAUAUGUGUAUAUGUGUGUAUAGCAUAUAUAAUAAUUUAUAAUUAUUAUAUAUAUUAUAUAUAUAUAUAUAUAUAAUGAUGUAUAUCAUCAAAUCAUCUUAUCUUAAAGUUUCAAAUCCAUUGUUUCUAUACAUUUUGUAAUACAUUCUGUAUAACAGAUAAAUGUUUUUAUAUACAUUUAUGUAAAUUGAAAUUACAUAAAUAUUUUGCGAAAAAGGAAGACUUAUUUCAAAAUUAUAUGAAGCAUAUAUAGUUUGAUAAAUUAUAAAUGCAUACAAGGUACUAACAAUAAGUUAAAAUAAUAUAUAACAGGAAAUGCAAACAAAAUAUUUAUUUUGUAACAAAAACCAAGUAUAAUUUUCCAUUUCGAAAUUUAGACGUUGUUAAAAAUAUUGUUACAAGUGUUGUAGAAUUGUUUUAUGAAUACAUAGCAAUUGUGAAUAUAUAUGUCGUAAGUCAUAUGAAUAAAUACAAAUGUUGAUUACAAUUUA